CAGAAAAAAAUGUUGCUUGUUGCUGGCGACUCGUCGCUCAUCAUCAGCAUCAACACGCGAGCGAGCACAUGUCAAACAUGGCGGAUUUCGCGCAAGCGGGAACCUCGAAAACUGAAACGCAUGAUAACAUUCGUGACAAUUUGGAACGCGAUGCAGCGCUGGUAUACGAAACGCCAACGUUCAACACGAAAACCAUCCAAGAGCUACUGAAAAUGCGUUUCCGAGACAAAAAUAAAACCAAAAUUAAUUCGGACGCUGUGAGGUUAUCGUGCGAACUGUUCAGACUUCUAGCCCAUGAAGGCGCUCUUCGAGCCGUCAAACAAGCCAAGAUACAAGGGGAAGAGGAGGUCACACUUGAACAUCUCGAGAAGAUACUGCCCCAAUUGCUACUGGACUUUCCAUGAAAAGUGCCACUGCCAGCCAGUAGUUCUUUGCACUGUAAUGUGCUAGUUGUGUUGUUCUGACAGCAUGGGUCUUGCUAUUGUUAUAAAGUAUUUAUUAAAAUGCAUAUAAAAGUGGAA